CCCGGCUUGUGCUGCGGAGGUAGCAGGAGGGCGGGGGCGGUCAGAGCCCGGGUGCCCGCGGGACCCAACCCCCAGGUCCACCUAGGGUCCCGUUGUUGUGCGAAGCGCCACGUCUGAGCCCCGGGGACCGACCUGCGCUGUGACUGUCGCUGUGUGAUCUUGGCCAGGAUACCCACUCCCAAGCUCUCGUCCUGUCGGUGAACGCCGCCUGGUCCUGUGAGCACCUUCACGGCAGAAGCCCAGAGCUGCGCCUGCCCUUUCGGAAGGCCGGUCAGGGGUUGGGGUAGGCGCAUCCUAGCUUGCCCCAUCCCAAUUUGAGGUCUAUCGGCGCUGCCCUUCAGCGUGAGCCUGGGCCUCAGCAUCAGAAAUCUGGAUUGUUUCCCAGUUUUCUCAUCUGUGAAGUGCGGAGGAUGAGAGUAUCUACCUCAUAAGGCUGCUGUAUUCACAUUUCAACGAUGUUAGAGGACACAGGAUGGGCACCCCAGCCUCCGUGGUGAGCGAGCCGCUCCCUUGGCAAGCCCCGCCUGAGGCCCGGGGUCGCAAGCAGGCCUCAGCCAAUAUCUUCCAGGAUGCCGAGCUGCUGCAGAUCCAGAGUCUGUUUCAGCGCAGUGGGGACCAGCUGGCUGAGGAACGGGCACAGAUCAUCUGGGAGUGUGCAGGGGACCACCGCGUGGCAGAGGCCUUGAGGAGGCUGCGCAGAAAGAGGCCUCCAAGGCAGAAACCCCUGGGCCCCUCGCUACACCACUGCAGCCGGCUCAGAAUCCCAGAGCCUCGUGAUCCACUGGCCGACCCACAGAGCAGUGCCACACAGAUGGCUUCCAGCGAUCAGUACCUGAACACUAGGAGGACAAGUGCCAGGAUCCGCAGGAACUGGAGGAAGUCAGGCCCCACAAGCUACCUCCAUCAGAUCAGACACUGAUCCAGGGAAGGGGCUGGAAACGGCGGUAUCUUCCCCAGGAAUCAUAGGGACUUCUGCCAAAGGGCCCAGGAAGGUGAAGGAGGAAGAGAGACAAGGCAGACAGUCCCAUGCGCUGUUGCUGGUCUGUUCGAUUCGGAACAGAACUGGAGGCAUCCACUGAGCUCUACACUGUGUGGGACCCAUUCCUCACCAGGAGAAGAAACAGCAACCGUUCUUGCCUUGGCCCUUCCCCAGCUAACACUAUACUUGGGCUGCAUGACAUUCCCCUGGGAGUCAAGUGACAGGCACUCAGACUAAGCAUUUUACCACUCCUGCUACUAACCCUCCUGCUAUUAUGACCCAUGGUCCAGCAGCCUGUCGUACGCCCCUGCCUCCGUCAGGCCACACUAGGGAACUGUGGUUUAAGUGGCAAAAUAAAA